AUGUCCCAGAGACGCACCGCGAGUGCGUCAAAUGUCCAGGCCGCAUACUCUGGGUAUCGAGGGGACGGUUCAGUGGACUAUGACGAUGUCGAUACCCGCUGCUAUGCAUCGUCAAUGAGUGGAGGUACUUACACCCACGGUUUAGCUCUUCCAAGGAACGUUGCUGUGGCAGAGGCCGGAAACUCCAGGGAAGAAAGCUCGUACGACCUCAGCGAGCACGACCUGGAGGGACCCAGUCCGCACGGAACGUACUACACCACCAGAGAUCCCCGAACAGGAUCGUCAUAUCCUCGAGCAGUUCCCUACAGCAGUGGCGGAUCCUUUCCCCGCGUCAACAGACGCGUCAGAGAAAACCAUUCUUCAAGAAACGAGUCCCCUAGGAGUAAUCCCUUCUUAGAUCAUGGGUCUCCACGGGGUUCGUACUCUGGAAACUUCAGCCAGCCAGGCCGUUAUGCUACGAGCUAUCAGAACCGCAGGGCAUAUUCUGCCUCUCACGGAGGUCGCAACCUUCGACAGACGUAUCCCUCGGAUCACUACGACGAAGCCGGGAACUACCUUGGACCUCCUGACCUCAACGCCCAUUCCGAGAAUCUUGUCUCAUUCCCACGACUGCCCGAGUCAAAUGGUUCCUCGCCAGAGCUUCAUCACGAAACUCUAGAAUUCCAGCGUCAAAAAUCCACGCCUGACACUUCAAAACGAUCCCUCUCAGAGCAACUCGUCGACGGUGUGCGGAACCUAUUAACAUCAGACUCAAAUGAGCCAGAGAUUCUUCCUCAGCCGGCCCGCACGGGAGUCUAUCUAUUUUGCCGACACUACCUGAUCGAAGAGUGUGCUUGUAUCAUUCCCCUUGAAGAUGGUGGACUUGGCGAUUACUGCCAGUUAUGCUGGGAGGGACGCUGCAAUGGACCUAGACCUCCGGGUUCGGUGUCUAGAAGGUCAUUAUGGUAA